AUACACUAUCUGACAGCAGCUUGCCAAAUACGAGAAGUGUUCAUAAUCCGAGAGUCGCUAUCUGACAGUAGUGAGGUACAAUAUGCGGAAACAAUGGUCACGUGAAGAAAUUAUGGAACUAAUACAACUUUACGAAGCAAACGAAUGCUUGUGGAACAUAAAGUGUUCCGGUUAUAGAGAUAGGACGAAGAAACAUAAAGUUUUGGAAGAAAUAGGACUGAAGUUUUCGUGUUCGCAAGAAGAAGUUCAGAGGAAACUUCACAAUUUAAGAAAUCAGGUAUCACAAGAGCUGAAGAAAAUUAAGCAGAGAAGAACCGGAAGCGGGGCAGGUGACAAUUGCAAAAGCAAUUGGCCUUAUUUCGAUGCGCUGAAGUUUGUAAUUCCAGGUUUGGCUGCCUGUGUUUCCAAACAAAGCAAUUUGGUGGAGACAAGUUCACAGCCUGUAAUAUUAUGGAAAGUCGAAAGCACUGGCGCUUCGGAACAGACUACCGAGGUCGUAACAGAGAGGCAGGACAUUGUUGAAGAGCCGACCCGGGAGAAAAGUUCAAGAAAAAGGAAACAUGAAGAAAGCGACGACCUGGUGGCAAGAGCUGCACUCAAGGUGUUAACGAAAGGGGUACCUGACGAAUAUGAGAUUUUUGGAGAGUAUGUAGCCUCUGAAUUACGCACACUGCGCUCUGAUAGUGUCAGAAGAAAGCUGAAAAAUGAAAUUAGGAAAGCUAUAAUCCGUGCAGCUGACGCCGAUGAAGAGUCCUACACGAGCACUAGCACUUCCUGAGUCCGAAUGUGUGUCCAUCACCACCGCAGAACACCAAACUAUGGAUCCUCAUCUCCUGCAUUAAAUUCUAAGACACAAAAUGAAGUGUGUGACCAUAGUAUCUUAGGCCACAGAAUGUUAUAAAAUAGAACAGUUCCCGCAACGAUCAGGUAUUAAGGUCGGAUUGUAGUAAUCUUCCAAUUCGCUGCUGGUAAAUAAAUAAAGCUGUCUUUCUCAUAUAGUGCGAAACCAACAGUUCUAAGAAGUGUAAUACACACACACACACACACCUCACAUAACCAAUAAUUCUAAAAAGUGUAAUACACAUUCGCACACACAGACCGCAGGCUAAAAUUGUAGCUAAUUGCACAAAAAUAGCAGGGGAGAUAGGUAUUAACUGAACCUCGGAGUUAAUUGAAUUGUUACAUUAAUUAACAAUUCAAGAGCGAAAAUUAUUUUUUUCAUACUAUAAACUUGUUUCCUUACAUUUGAGGUACUAUUUGAAGGUACGUGGCUUGUCUGUUAGCUAUGUGUGAAAUCUAGUGGUAAGAGUAAUUUUCUCGCAUCUAUCCAAUUCUCCAAAAACUAUGGAUCCUCAUCUCCUGCAUUAAAUUCUAAGACACAAAAUGAAGUGUGUGACCAUAGUAUCUUAGGCCACAGAAUGUUAUAAAAUAGAACAGUUCCCGCAACGAUCAGGUAUUAAGGUCGGAUUGUAGUAAUCUUCCAAUUCGCUGCUGGUAAAUAAAUAAAGCUGUCUUUCUCAUAUAGUGCGAAACCAACAGUUCUAAGAAGUGUAAUACACACACACACACCUCACAUAACCAAUAAUUCUAAAAAGUGUAAUACACAUUCGCACACACAGACCGCAGGCUAAAAUUGUAGCUAAUU